AUGCUAAGAGCUCCAGAUAUUCCAGUACCUGCUCUUGGCUUUCCGUCGUACGCACAGGUUCAGCGCAGGCACAACUGUUGGCUACAAGGGUCUAAGAACUCAAUAAAACGUGUACGAGAGCUUGUACGUGUAAAGACAUUCUCAAGCGGUUUAGAUCCUGAGACUGCUUUCGUGUUUGGAAAUAAGCAAGAUGGAGAUGGCCUUCCCUUUGUUGGAAAUGGGGAAGAUGAGGGACCGUUAAUACUGGGCAUGACUAGUCUUAAGCUCAUGCACGGCUUAUUAGGCUCUUCAGGAAAAAGAACCGUUCUUGAUAUUCCAUCUAGAUGCUUCCUUUAA